CACCAAGAAGAUCUCUACCGAAAAGAAAAAAAAACUGGAAAUAGCCGUCUGCACAUCUCGAAGACUUUCACUCUCAUAAUCUCAUUCAACUCAACUCAAGUACAAGGUUUCCAGAUCCAAUCAAAGUGUAGAAAAUGUUUCUUACAAGGACUGAGUAUGAUAGAGGAGUGAACACAUUCUCUCCAGAAGGCAGGUUGUUCCAGGUUGAGUAUGCUAUUGAGGCCAUCAAGCUGGGUUCAACUGCAAUUGGGUUGAAGACAAAAGAAGGAGUUGUCCUUGCUGUUGAGAAACGGAUCACUUCACCACUCCUGGAACCUAGCAGUGUUGAAAAAAUUAUGGAAAUAGACAACCACAUAGGAUGUGCUAUGAGUGGAUUGAUUGCUGAUGCUCGUACGCUUGUUGAACAUGCACGAGUGGAAACUCAGAACCAUAGAUUCUCAUAUGGUGAGCCAAUGACUGUGGAAUCAACAACUCAAGCACUUUGCGAUCUCGCACUACGUUUUGGUGAAGGUGAUGAGGAAUCCAUGUCUCGUCCUUUUGGAGUAUCUCUUCUUAUUGCCGGUCAUGAUGAGAAUGGGCCCAGCUUGUACUAUACAGAUCCGUCUGGCACAUUCUGGCAAUGCAAUGCCAAAGCUAUUGGUUCAGGUUCAGAAGGAGCUGACAGUUCUCUUCAAGAACAAUUUAACAAGGACCUUACCCUUCAAGAAGCGGAAACAAUUGCUUUGUCCAUUCUGAAGCAAGUUAUGGAAGAAAAGGUGACUCCAAACAAUGUUGAUAUUGCAAAGGUAGCUCCAACAUAUCAUCUCUAUACACCUGCUGAGGUGGAGGCAGUCAUUAGUCGCCUAUGAGCAUGAGAAGAAAAUCAUAUUAUGAACAAUCUUGGCUAGCUUCAGUUGUGUUUCAGCUCACUGCAAUGCAUGCACCUACAUUUUAGUUUGGGAAACAAUUUUUAUAUCUGCUUUUGAUUGAGGUUGGACUCAUUAAACUUGUUUUGGUGCUGAACUGAGCUACUCAUUAUUAAUACCUCUGAAAACCACGUUUGGAUGCUGAACGAAUUAUCAGUUGUAUGAAUCAAUCAAUUGCUACUAAUCAAAAUUUUUAUUUUGAUUGGAUUUAAA